GCAUGUACGAGAAAGGGGAUCCUUUGUGCGUAGUGUCGAGGAAACAUUGUCAUAAUAACGAAUCGCGCGUGCAAUGAGUUCGGCCUGCUAUUCCAACGCUGUCAACAAGACGUUCGUCCAGGAACUAGACGGAAAAUAAAUGGUUCAGACUCGAACUCCUGACCUGCUAAAAGGUCCAGGAUUCAAUUACGAUACAAAGCGACUGUAGAACUGGCGUCACUUGGAAUCGUCUUUUAUACAUUUUCACAAAGUUGAAAAACCGGCUGACACCGCAUAGCUACGAACUACCAGUAAUUGAAUGAAUUAUUGAAAAAAUUCUAUGAAAACUGGUUUUCAACUAUCAUGGUCUCUAAAAUUCUCAUUCGACCGAGAACAGUGCCAUUCUGAUGGACAGAAUAAAAUCCCACUCCACAUGGGGUGGGUGCGUGCUCGCUCCAGUUGUCAAGUGACAAAUUUUCCAGCUCAGAAAUUGGCUUAUUUUACUGGAAAAUAAAAAUCGAGAGAGGGGUGAGUCUUCGCAGUGUAACAUUUGCGUGGGUAUAUGCGUACGGCAAAGGUGAAUAUCGAUUAGGAUGUUCACUGUAGCGUUGAUAGAUUCAAAUUCAUUCAACGAACAAUUGAGUCUAGUUACAACUAAUUGCAACUUGACCCCCGAAAACUGACACACGAUAGAGCGUUUUAAUCUAUCACCGAUAACCUUCGUUAUUGAUAAUAAUUAUCGAAUGAAAACUCGCUCUGUAGACUCAUAAAUAAUUUCCGCUAGUUUAUUUUAAAAUAGUUCAGUGAAGAUUACACUCGUCGAGUAUUUUGAGAUUCGGACGCACACGUGUCAGAUUAUAAUCAUCAAGAGCCGUCGAAACGGUCGCCAGUUAAAUUAUCAACAGGUGCAGCGGGCACAACGAUGAGGUAGAAGGUGUACCGAAGUAUUCACCUGCAAUGAAUCGGAUGCAAAGUAAAUACAUCGUCUUGGGAUUGCCAGGACUCACGAUGGUAUCCAUAUCAGGUUCUGGCGCCUCGUUUCAUCAAAACGAUGACUCGAUCGCUUGCGAUUUGAGGAUUGAUUACGAUCAGCGAAUGAAAAUUGACGCUUUCACGCUGAUAGCUUUAAUUAGCGGAGGACUCUUGAUAGCCGUGCCAGGGGAUUUGUUCAGUCGUUUGAAGCCCAUGAUCGUGUCACUUAUUUUUUAUGGAACGAGCACCUUGUCCCUGGGAUUCUGCCAGGAAUAUCAUUGCUUCGCGUCGUUGUCGAUCUUCAAGGCUUUCUGGACCUCGGCGCUCCUCGCGAUUACCGUGGUUUACGUGAGUGAGACUCAGACUCCGAGGUCUAGAGCAUCGGAUUUGUGUUAUCUGCAGAUUUUCUUGCUGAUCGGACUGAUAGUCCCCACGAUUUUUUCCACCCCAUGGCGCGUGUCGCAAUUUAUUUUCGGCUCAUUAGCUUUGGCCACUGCACCGCUGGUAUACUGUUUCCUCAAAGAAAGUCCGCGGCUUCUCUCAGCCCUUGGAAAACCCGGGGAAUCAUCGGCGGACGAUACAUCGGAAGAUGAUGCUGGAAAUGAUAGCAAACAGCUCGAGACCUACGUAUCGAUGGCUUUGCGGCCGCCUUGGUACUCCGUACUCAUCGUUUUGCAGAUAAAAUUCUUCUUUCAACUUUGCUACUUUACGAUGAGCAAUUGGUUCAAAGAAAUGAGCUCUAAUAACGUCCUCGUGUUCGCAAUAAUGAAGAACAAGGUCGAUUGCAAACUAGGAGACAAAUAUUUGACAUGGAAGCCUGACCUCCGCGAAAAUAAUGGACUCGACUGCAGCUCAUAUGAUGUUCGAAGUGCGGAUUACCGGAGACAAGUUUUGCUGAUCACCCUGAUAGCGCUUCCAUUUUUAAUCUGGAUGAUAGCACGCCUCGAUCAUCUCGGCAGAUCAUAUUUUAUUGCCUUGAGCCACGUCAUCGUGGGGCUCUUAUCCUUCCUGGUUCACUUCGUCAUCGGCACAAACCGUGGAGCUUUUUACACGAGCUUGAUGUCGAGUAUGUGGAUAGUCAGUGAUACCGUAGCUUCGUGUUUGGCCACGGAGUUUUUCAAGACUCGAGUGAGGGUCCUCGGCGUCGGACUUACGAACGGUUUCGGGUACUUGGGUAUGACGGUUGGGAUGUACGGAAUGCUUUCAAAGGGAGGAACGAACUGCAUUUCAGUGAUUUCUAUCGCAGGGAUACUUUCAACAGCGAAAGGAGUCAUGGCGGGGUCUGUGGCAACCCUAGCGAUCCUUUGGAUAUCUCUUCAGGGUACGGGAAUUAUGUUACAACCAACUUUCAUGGACUGCGCCAAACUUCCCGUACCUCUUCAGAAUUAUCUCGCAGCUUACACGAGCCUUCCGGCGAUGAUGCACCAACCAGAUUUGGUAUUGAGCGCGCGAGCUUUUCCGGAUCAUCGAGUAUUUCCUGCGAUGGACCGUAAGCUCAUAAAUUCUUCGUUAUGUUUUGGAGAAACUGUUGUCGCUCGAUCGGAGAGACUCGAAGACAAUAUAGCCGGGGCUGGAAUCGCAUUCGCGAACGAUACACCGACUCAGGGUCAGUAUGCCUACUGGUUUCCAACCGAAGAUGCCCACAGGAAGAGCAUCGAGGCUCGUAUCGUUGCCAAGGCAUCGAGUUACCUUCUCCAAAACAGCUGCCCGCGAUUUGGUCUGCGGAAUAAAGCGUGUGCCCGAUUCAUUUCGACUUUGAAAAUGCAAGAAUCGUCGAUCGGGGCGCGUUGCGCUAGAGAACAGGAGGUGGAUUGCAACCGAAAUUCGCGUUACAGAACGAUCGAUGGUUCCUGUAACAAUCUGAAUAAUCCUAAAUGGGGAAGUGCCAUGACCGCCUACUCGAGGGUCUUGUUUCCCAGCUACGCCGAUGGUGUCCAAGAACCGAGGCGGCCUGAAAUCAGAGGGAAGAAGCUUCCCAGUCCGAGAUCCGUCAGUUCGAGCAUCUCUUCCAAUGACAACCCCGAAGUUGAGUCCUCGAACACUCUCGCUGUCAUGAAAUGGGGACAGUUCGUUGCUCACGACGUGUCGCACACCCCGAUGAGCAGAAUGGUCACCAAUAACAAGCCGAUUUUCUGCUGUCGUUCUAACGGAAAUUUUCUGGCGCCUCGUUACGUACAUCCUGACUGUUUGCCCAUUUCUAUCCCGGAGAAUGACUCGAUUUAUGGAAAAGAUCGAAUCCGUUGCAUGAACUAUGUCCGAUCUAUGCCUGCUCUGCGACCAGACUGCACGUUCGGACCUACGGAGCAGAUGAAUCAAGUUACUCACUACCUGGACGGUUCUACCGUUUAUGGAUCAUCGCUGAAAGCUUCUCAUAGACUGCGGAGCUUCCAGGGCGGUCUUCUCCGUGUUGAAAAUAAAGAAGGAUAUGAUUAUCUGCCAACCGCAGACGAAGAACCAGCUUCACUUUGCAACGACGAAGAAUGUUACUCAGCUGGUGACUUUAGAGUGAACCAUGAUCCCCACCUGGCAGUGAUGCACACGAUAUGGCAUCGGGAACACAAUCAAAUCGCUGCGCAAUUGGCUAAUUUGAACCCUUUAUGGAACGAUGAAAUUCUUUAUCAGGAAGCUCGCAGAAUUGUCAUAGCUGAAAUCCAGCAUAUAACUUACAACGAAUGGCUCACUGUCAUCCUAGGAAAAAAUCAAACCCGUUACGGACAACUUUUCCCGACAAACCCCGACGGAUUUUCUCACAUUUACAAUAAUUUGGAUAAUCCAUCGAUCAGCAACGAAGCGGCUACCGCUGCUCUGCAGUUCAUAAAUUCAUUGGUUCAGGGAAAUAUGAGGAUGCAUGAUGAAGAACGUCGGGUCAUUGGAACUCUACAUCUCCAUGAAUAUUUUGGAAAAUCCAAGAUUAUUGAAAGUCACGACGUCUUGGAUAGCCUUGUUCGUGGAUUGACUACUCAGAAUGCUCAAAAAAUGGACGCUAACGUUACCCCGGACAUGACGCACAAACUUUACAAAACACAUGGGAAGCACGGAAUGGACUCGAUCAGUCUUGAUAUCCAACGUGGUCGCGAUCACGGACUUCCUGGAUACAAUCAUUAUCGAAAAUAUUGCGGACUCCCCUUCGCCACGCAUUUCGAUGAUUUCCUUGACACCAUUCCGGUCGAGAUGGUGAGAAAGCUAAGCAUGAUCUACAACCACCCUAACGACGUUGACCUUGUGGUUGGGGGAACGGCAGAGCGACCCAAUAAAGAUGGGCUUUUAGGACCGACUUUCGGUUGCCUUAUUUCUGAACAAUUCGCUCGUCUUCGUCGCACAGAUAGAUUCUUCUACGAAUCCACCGCGCAGCCUCAUCCGUUCACUGCUGAUCAACUCAACAGCAUUCGCAACGUUUCGUUGGCCCGAGUAUUCUGCGACAACGGCGACAAUAUCUCGAACAUGCAACCGUACGUUUUCCUGAACAUUCAACCUGGAAACGAGCUUGCGUCGUGUGACGAUUUCGAGGCAAUUCCUAGCGUCGAUCUAUUUGCAUGGGCCGAGAAGGCAAAAGCCUAUCGUUGAAUGUCUCAUUGAUUGGCUGGUCACAAUAUCCGUAUGGAAUCCCUGGGGACUCGCGACGUUCUCCGUCCGCAUUUAUGGAAGGUAUUAGAAAUUUUCCGAAAAAAUGAUGACUGCCGUUAGCUGAUAAUAGGUAAAAAAAAAAAAAAAAAAAAACAACAACAACUAUCGAAGACAAGGGGGAAAAAGAUCGUCGCUCCGGGGCGCCGUGAAAAUAAUUAAUGACAUCGCGUAAAAAGUUUCGAUGUUAGAAAAAAUUACGGCGAAGGACGAGGAAGUGGCAGCAAGCGAAAGAUGAUGAUGAAAAUAGGUGACUAGUCGAUCGAUUAGCAGUAAAAAAAAGAUUUACGUCGGUCGCUGGAGACCAUAAAAAGAAAAAAAAAAACUGACAACGUGCGUCGUCUGCAUAUUUUAUCUUGACUGAAACGACAGAAAAAUGUCGAUAGUGACAAAAUAUGAGGUAAGACGUACUACGGUAUUAAUUUAGUUGACUAAGGAACAAACUAUUAUUAUACCUAAUAUUUUUUAUAACUAAAAAAAAUGAUAGUUUCUUCGUACUUAUUAUGAAUUAUCUUUCAUUGAUUCAUGAAUAUCUCGUAGCCAUGAUCAUAGGCGUAUAAUUAUUUUUUCGUUCUCAUUUUUUGGGAAUAAUUAUCAAUUCUCGACUCGUUUCGAGAUCAAAAAAAAUCGUUACGAGGCUGAUGUUACCCAUUUUGACUUCAGUUAGAUAGACUAAGAGCCUUCGUUUGGUAGUUUUGUUCAUUGUUAUAAGUUUUUAUUUUUGAGUUCCUUCCCGCAAAUCAAGCACUCGUUCACACGAACAAUUACAGUUGUAGAACUUCGCAGAGAUCAUUACUCCCAAGUUUUUGAUCUCGUCCAUGAAUUAUUUUUAUCUCCCCACGAUCAGUAAUCACGUUUCAACGACUGAUUAGAGUUAGAUUUUUGAACAAGAAAUGUAUAUUAACUUUAUUUACUGUUGUAACAUUUACACUCAUCGGCAAUAAUUCGAGCAAUCAACUCCGGUUAUCGUUGAUAAAAUUAUGCGUACUCUUUUGUAUCUCUCUACUGGAUAUUAAGCAUAAGCACCAAUAAAUAAAUGUAAGACUACUGAAAAA